CAGGGAGAGGAGCCUGUGUGCAGGAUGCUGGGGAGCCCAGAGUUCCCCCUGCUGACCAAGGAAGGAGACGUGACCAUCGGAGGAGCUUUCUCCAUCCACAGCAAGAUCACCGAGCCCCCCCUCUCCUUCACAGACACCCCCCAGCCAAUCACCUGCUCCAUAGUCAACCUCCGAGAGUUCCGCUUCGCCCAGACUAUGAUCUUUGCCAUCGAGGAGAUCAACCAGGGCGACGAUCUGCUUCCCAACGUGUCCAUCGGAUACCGUAUCUAUGACAACUGUGGCUCGACGCUGUCCUCGAUGCGAGCGGCCAUGGCUCUGAUGAACGGAGGGGAGAGGACCUCUGGACGGAACUGCUCCGGCCAAUCAGCUGUCCACGCCAUCAUCGGGGAGUCAGAGUCCUCCUCCACUAUUGUCCUGUCACGCACGACCGGACCAUUCCAAAUACCAGUAAUCAGCCACUCUGCUACAUGUGAGUGUCUGAGCAGCAGAAAGGAGUACCCCUCCUUCUUCAGGACCAUCGCCAGUGACCUCUACCAGAGCAGAGCCCUGGCCCAGCUGGUGAAGCACUUCGGCUGGACCUGGGUGGGGGCGGUCAACAGCGACAGCGACUACGGCAACAACGGCAUGGCCAUCUUCCUGGCGGCCGCCCGGGAGGAGGGCGUGUGUGUGGAGUACACGGAGAAGUUCGACCGCAACGAGCCGGCUCAGCUGCUGAAGGUGGUGGAGGUGAUGCGGAGGGGCUCAGCCAGGGUGGUGGUGGGGUUCCUGGCCCACGUGGAGAUGAACAACCUCCUGGAGCAGCUGAGCCUGCAGAACAUCUCUGGGCUGCAGUUUGUCGGCGUGGAGGCCUGGAUCACGGCCGACAGCCUGGUGACCCCCACCAGCUUCUCUGUGCUGGGCGGAUCCCUGGGGUUCGCCGUUCAGAAAGCCGACAUCAGCGGGUUUGCCGAGUUUGUCAUCAAGGACUUCUGGGAGAUGCUGUUCCCGUGCGCGGGGACGGACGGGGGCAACAUGGAGGCGCCCUGCAGCGGGAACGAGGAUCUGAUGGAGCUGAAGGGCUAUAACGACGAUGUGGAGGAGCUGAGGUACUCCGGUAACAUCUACAAGGCCAUCUAUGCCGUGGCUCAUUCCCUCCACAGUCUGCUGGGCUGUUCCUCCCGACAGGGCUGUGACAAGGACGUCGGGAUCCAGCCCUGGCAGGUGGUGGAGUCGCUGAGGAGGGUGAACUUCACGGUGAGGAACGGGGACCAGGUGUGGUUUGAUCAGACGGGUGCUGCCACGGCCCGUUAUGAGGUGGUGAACUGGCAGCAAGCUCUGGACGGGGCAGUCGUCUUCAGAGCCGUCGGUUACUACGACGCCUCGCUGCCCGCUGGACAGAACUUUGUCCUCAGGACCGAGGACAUCAUGUGGCCUGGAGGGGAGAAACAGCCUGUGUCUGUGUGCAGUGAGAGAUGUCCCCCAGGAACUCGUAAGGCCGUGCAGAAAGGAAAGCCUGUCUGCUGCUACGACUGUCUCCCAUGUGCAGAGGGAGAGAUCAGCAACCAGACAGAUUCUAACAACUGCGAACGUUGUCCUGGGGAGUAUUGGUCAAAUCCGAGCAGAGACAAGUGUGUACUGAAAGCUGUUGAGUUUCUGUCGUUCUCUGAAGUUAUGGGAAUAGUUCUCGUGGUUUUUUCUCUGUUUGGGGUUUUCCUUACUUCACUAGUCGCCGUUCUGUUUUUGAUUAAAAAAGAUACACCCAUCGUCAGGGCCAACAACUCAGAGCUCAGCUUCCUGCUCCUCUUCUCCCUGACUCUGUGUUUCCUGUGUUCUCUCACCUUCAUCGGCCGGCCCUCUGAGUGGUCCUGUAUGCUGCGCCACACAGCGUUUGGGAUCACCUUUGUCCUCUGCAUCUCUUGUGUUCUGGGGAAGACUAUAGUGGUGCUGAUGGCCUUCAGGGCCACACUUCCAGGAAGUGAUGUCAUGAAAUGGUUUGGGCCUUUACAGCAGAGACUCAGUGUCCUGGCUUUCACUCUCAUCCAGGUCCUGAUCUGUGUGCUGUGGUUAACAAUCUCCCCUCCUUUCCCCUUUAAGAACAUGGAACACUAUAAUGACAGGAUCAUUCUAGAAUGUGCCUUAGGUUCUGCUGUGGGCUUCUGGGCUGUGCUGGGGUAUAUAGGACUCCUGGCUCUCUUGUGCUUUGUGCUGGCUUUCCUGGCCCGAAAGCUGCCUGAUAACUUCAAUGAAGCCAAGUUCAUCACCUUCAGCAUGUUGAUAUUCUGUGCUGUCUGGAUCACCUUUAUCCCAGCUUAUGUCAGCUCUCCUGGGAAGUUCACUGUAGCUGUGGAGAUCUUUGCCAUCCUGGCCUCCAGUUUUGCUUUACUUCUUUGUAUAUUUUCCCCUAAAUGUUACAUUAUUAUACUGAAACCCGAACUAAACACAAAGAAACACAUGAUGGGAAAAGUGCAAUCUAAGUCUCUCUGAAUAUCAAAAUAAAUAAAAAAUAUACUCAUGUCU